CUCUUGCGAAUUAUCCUGUUCUUUCCACCAACGCCUACCGUCUAACGAACUAAUACCAUGGUAUUCAGAGCACCCAUCCGUUCAAUGGCAACGGCUACCCGGCAGUCGUUAAAAAUCGGGAUGCUCCCAGCUGAUGGGAUUGGAAGGGAGGUUUUACCUGGUGCAAAAGCUGCCAUUCUGGCUCUUGGAUCUUCCAUACCGAAGCCAGAGUUUAUCGACUUACUGGCUGGUUUCGAGUACUUCACCAAAACGGGAACCGCACUUCCUGAUGAAACUGUGGAGGUGUUGAAAAAUGAAUGUGAUUGCGCACUUUUUGGGGCUGUCAGCUCUCCAUCUCAAAAAGUGGCUGGGUAUUCAUCACCAAUUGUUGCACUUCGCAAAAAGAUGGAUCUAUACGCCAAUAUUCGGCCAGUGAAAUCAGUUUCUUUUAAUCCCGAAGAGAAGCCAGGCGUAGACCUUGUUGUCAUUCGCGAAAACACCGAGUGCCUGUACGUCAAGCAGGAAACACAGACCGUCGGGGAACACGGCAAGGAGGCCCGGGCUACUCGCCUCAUUACAGAACGGGCUUCCCGCCGAAUUGGUGAGAUGGCCUUCAAAAUGGCAUUGGAGCGCCCUCGUAAGCAUCUGACCGUAAUUCACAAAUCGAACGUCCUUUCUGUCACUGAUGGCCUGUUCCGCGAGACGGUUCGUGCGAUACCAACGUCGCCUGGUGUAGAUGGCAAGUAUGAUGGUGUAACAAUUGCCGAGCAGCUUGUAGAUAGUGCUGUGUACAGAAUUUAUGACGUGAUGGUCGCCCCCAAUCUCUACGGCGACAUCCUUUCGGAUGCAGCAGCAGCGUUGGUGGGGUCUCUUGGCCUAGUGCCUUCUGUCAAUGCAGGAGAUUCGUUUGUAAUGGGCGAGCCCGUCCACGGCUCUGCACCAGAUAUCGCCGGACAAAAUAUCGCUAACCCUUUGGCAGCCAUUCGCUCAGCGGCAAUGAUGUUGCGUCAUAUAGGAUAUGGAGAUGGUGCAGAUCGGAUUGAAAGGGCUGUGGACUCUGUUCUCAGGGAAGGCAAGGUUCUAACACCUGAUCUGGGUGGCAAGAGUAAGACAAGUGAAGUUGUGGAUGAGGUGACGAAGCGGAUAUAACGGUGUAGCUGAAUUGUAACCUUAUGUUAAGGUUAGGGGUUGAUAUAUUAAUUAAAAAAGGAGAUUUGUUCCCACA